UAAAUUAUCCCUUUUUCUCUCCUUUGUGGCCAGGAAGAUCAACUUGUUAUCAUCAGACACAUCCACUCGAGCAUACUCUACCUGGGACUGGGAGCCACACCCCACAAACCUUUCGCAGAAAAUGUGCAACAUGAUUACAUGAACAGGUGUAAGAGGAGAUGCAUGCACCCAAACCCAUCUCCAUGGCUAUAUAACGUGUCGACCACCCAGCAAUGUCCAACGCAAUCUUGUCUGACGCCAUCGCCGAGAGCGCAACGGCAACUAAUCCAGAUCGAAUGGCUCCGCCGAUCUCCGCCGACGUAGUGGUGGAGGCUGCGCCCAUGGCCGUGCUAAACCAAAUGGUUUGCGCGACCAUGCCGCCGGCGCCGAUCAUCACCGUCGUUUCGAAGCAGACGGUCCACCCGGAGGGCGCGUCGGCGCCGGUCGGAGACCUCAAGCUGUCCGUGUCCGACAUGCCCAUGCUGUCGUGCCACUACAUUCAGAAGGGGCUGUUCUUCCCGCCCACCGGCACGCCGAUGGCCCGCCUCGUGUCCUCGCUGGCGUCGUCCCUCUCCCGCGCGCUCGGCGUCUUCCCGGCGCUCGCGGGCCGGCUUGCCACACUCCCCGACGGCCGCAUCGUCAUCCGGUGCGGCGACGACCCGGCCGUCGAGUUCUACCAUGCGGUGGCGCCCUCCCUGUCUCUCCACGACUUCCUCCUGCCCGACGCCGACGUGCCGACCAGGCUGACGAAAGACCUGUUCCCCAUGGACCGCACCGUGAGCUACGAAGGCCACCGCCGCCCGCUCACGUCGUUCCAGGUCACCGUGCUCGGCGACGGCGCGGUCUUCGUCGGCUUCGUCGCCAACCAUGCCGUCGUGGACGGCACCUCGUUCUGGCACUUCUUCAACACGUGGGCCGGGCUGUGCCGCGGGGAACCUGUCCAGCCACCGGACUUCGCCCGCAACUUCUUCGGCGGCUCGACGGCCGUGCUCCGCUUCUCCGGACGCGACGGCCCCGCGGUGACGUUCGACGCCGCGGCGCCCCUCCGCGAGCGAGUCAUCCACUUCAGCGCCGCGGCGAUCCGCGACCUCAAGGCAGCGGCCAACCGCUGCAGGAAAACCAGCGAGGAUGAUGAGGUUAACGGCAAGCUCGUGCAUGACCUGGUGAAGGUCCAGGGCGGCCGCGGAGAGAUCUCCUCCUUCCAGUCGAUGUGCGCGCACAUGUGGAGGGCCGUGACGCGGGCGCGGCUGCAGCUGGCCGCGGACGCGACGACGACGUUCCGCAUGGCGGUGAACUGCCGGCACCGUCUGCGCCCGAAGAUCUCCGCGGUCUACUUCGGCAACGCCAUCCAGAGCGUGGCGACGACGGCGACGGUGGCGGAGCUGGCCGCCCACGACCUCCGGUGGGCGGCGUCGAGGCUGCACGCGACCGUGGUGGCGCACGAGGACGGCGCCAUCCGGCAGGCCGCGGCGGACUGGGAGGCGGCGCCGCGGUGCUUCCCGCUGGGCAACCCCGACGGCGCGGCGCUCACCAUGGGCAGCUCGCCGCGGUUCCCGAUGUACGACGGCAACGACUUCGGGUGGGGCAGGGCCGUGGCUGUGAGGAGCGGGCGCGCCAACAAAUUCGAUGGGAAGAUGUCGGCGUUCCCGGGCCAGGCUGGGGACGGCAGCGUCGACGUCGAGGUGUGCCUCGCGCCGGACACCAUGGCCCGCCUCCUCGGCGACGAUGAGUUCCUGCAGUACGUGUCCCCUGCACCUGCACCUUGAUGCAACGCAUCUGGCCGCCCUGCCCUGCUGUGUUGUACUAGUACGGCACCAGCGCAUAAGAUGUGGCAUGGCUGGCUAUCUGUGAUCGCCCACCGGACAUGUCACGUGUAACACAUGUUGCUGCGCGCUAGAUACUGGAUUUGUAUCAUUGCAAGAUAUCAAGAAAUAUCAAGUAUUGGUCGGCUA